CCUCUAUAAAAACCAGGGCCACACACCCAGGGUGCUGUCUGCUGUAGUCUACUGGGUGCAGAAGACACACGCUCUCUCUCUCUCUCUCUCUGUCUCUGAAGCCUAGACAUACGCAAGCAGGAUGAAGCUGUUGAUCUUGGCGGCUGCCCUGCUGGCCGUGACCAGUGCUGCCAGCAUAUCUCUGGAGGACCUGGAGUUCCACGCGUGGAAACUCAAGUUUGAAAAGGUGUACAGCUCAUCUGCAGAGGAGGCCCAGCGUAAGCUGACCUGGCUGUCCAACCGCAAGACGGUCAUCGUCCACAACAUGCUGGCUGACGAGGGAAUCAAGACCUACCACCUCGGGAUGACGUUCUUCGCCGACAUGACCAACCAGGAAUACAGGAGCACCGUCUUCCAAGGCUGCUUGGGAGCCUUCAACAGCAGCAAGGCCCAGCGAGGCAGUGCGUUCCUCCGGCAGGCAGGGGGCGCCACUCCCCCCCCGGAAGUGGACUGGAGGACGAAGGGCUACGUCACCGAUGUCAAGGACCAGAAGCAGUGCGGCUCCUGCUGGGCCUUCAGCACGACGGGCUCCCUGGAGGGGCAGAACUUCAGGAAGACGCAGAAGCUGGUGUCCCUGAGCGAGCAGCAGCUGGUGGACUGCUCCGGUGACUACGGCAACGAAGGCUGCGGAGGCGGGCUGAUGGACCAGGCCUUCCAGUACAUCAUCGCCAACGGGGGCAUCGACACCGAGGAGUCCUACCCUUACGAGGCCGUGGACGGAAAGUGCCGCUUCAAGCCCGACAGCAUCGGAGCCACCUGCUCUGGGUACGUGGACACGCCCCCCUCGGACGAGAGCGCCCUGCAGGAGGCCGUCGCCACAGUGGGACCCGUGUCCGUCGCCAUCGACGCCGGGCACCUCUCCUUCCAGCUCUACCAAUCCGGUAUCUACAACGAGCCGGAGUGCAGCAGCAGUGACCUGGACCACGGCGUGCUGGCGGUGGGAUACGGCACAGACAAGGGGCAGGACUACUGGCUGGUGAAGAACAGCUGGGGCCUUGCCUGGGGUGACCAGGGCUACAUCAAGAUGACCAGGAAUAAGAAAAACCAGUGCGGCAUCGCCACGGCAGCCAGCUACCCCCUGGUGUGAAGCAGAGAGGUGUGACCUCACAAUGGACAGGUCUGGUCUGACUGUUCCCUCAUGAUUUUAUUUGAAGCUUAAAAAGGGAAGAUAUACGCUGCACCUUACUGAAACAAUAACACCAAAUAUGACAAAUACCUCAUCUAAAGAUGGCCCUGGGACAUCCCGUACCCCCUCCAGUGGUUGAUGAAGUUUACAUAACUGCACUGAUUUUUUUUCUCUUUACUUCGAACACAGCUGGUACUGUGACAGUACCACUGAGGCCUGGCCAAGCACUUUAAACCUUUAAACAUGCCCGUGUCAAAUUGACCGAUAGUGGUUUGUCGACAUUCAUUUUGUUUUCUUUAAUGCAAAGGUUGUAUGUACGACGUUACCCACGCCAAAUACUUAAAUGCAAUAAAAUACAAAUAACGAUUAAA